AUGGCACCUUUGCUAAGCCCAUCAUUUGCAUACACAGUGGUAUAUGUGAGAGACGUAGCUAAAUCCGUUGAAUUUUACGCCACCGCCUUCGGCCACAACGUUCGCCGCUUGGAUGAGUCGCACAGAUGGGGAGAGCUAGAGAGCUGACAAACGACGAUAGCUUUUACCCCAAUCCACCAGCGUGAGACGGAUGUUAUAACAGGGAAGGUCCAGACCCCGGAUCCUAUCCGGAAGAGGCAGCCAGUUGAGAUUUGUUUUGAUUAUCUUGAUGUCGAUGCUGCAUACAAGAGAGCAGUUGAGAAUGGAGCAAUGCCGGUGAGUGAGCCAGAGGAGAAAGAAUGGGGACAAAAAGUUGGGUACGUACGAGAUAUUGAUGAUGGAAUUGUAGUGAGGAUGGGGAGCCCUUUGAAUCCACCGUCUAAACCACACCAACCCUGA